AGUGUCACUGAGGAAAGCCGCCACUCGGAAAUUGGUCCGCUUGGUGUUCACUUCGCCGCACCUUUUUUUGGGACAACUCACUAUCUACAUUUUAUUUUAAACUAUAUUUUUAUUAAGUAAGAAGAAAGUGAACGUGACUUGUGUGAGUCUGCGGGUUUCUUUCCUUUCCAACCCGAGCAACCUGCUCCGGACUAAAUCAUCUCCACUUCACGACAAGACUCGCUCCUUUUCGGCAUACGUUUUCCAAAAAGGGAUCAAUUUGUAGUUUUUUAGGAUUUUUUUUUUUUUUUUUUUUUACAUCACAAAGUGUUGGAGGGUCUCCAAAUUGAAGAGCUGAGUGUGUAAGAACCCCAGGUGACACAGAUGGAAGCCCCGCUUGUCUGCAGUCUGCGGACCGCCUUCGCCGUCUUCGUCAUCCUCCCUUUCGCAGCUUCCGCCGACCGGGACCUGUUCUUCUGCGGCACGUGGCGCCACGGCAAACACCCGCUGAGCGUGAGCUUCGACGUCAAGCCCGGCUGCGGCGGCCUCUCCGUAUCGGCCGGCGAGAGGUCCCUGCAGGUCUCGGGGCACAUGGCGGCUCGGUGCAGACGCUCCGGCGUGCAUCACCUCCGCCACGACGAGCUCCACGCCGAGGGGGAAAGUUACUUCUGCCUGUACUGGGAGCCGCUGCAGGACCAGCUGAAGUUACAGCCACGCCCCAUGGUAGACGUGGUGGAUAGUUCCACCCAAGUGGCUGACGGUGUGGUUGCUCAGGUGCGAGGGAACAACUUGACCCUCUGCUGGCCCACGGGCAUGCCGGACUCGUGCUGCACCUACCUGUCCCACGCAUCCAACGCACCCCAGGCCGCCUACGGCAUCGCCGGGGGAACCAUCGAGGAUGACGUGAUCACCGAUAAGACGCUGACUGCCUUCGAUUUCACCGGCAGCUCCGUCAAAUGUGCAACCUUCUGUCAGCAGGGGAGCCGUGGAUCUGCCCGAGUCAACGUGACUGACCCGGAGCCUCCCUGCACCCUCAGCUCGCAGGUGGAGAUGAAGGACGACUUUGACGGUGUCAACAUCCGCUCACCUCACGUGGACGGCGUGGCCCCGGAGUCGGCGACCUUCUUCCAUCUCCCCCCCGCCUUGAAGCGUGCUGGCGGAAACAGCAGCAAGGUGGUGUACGCCUUCUUCAAAAACAACUCCGUCUUCCAGGAGGGCCUCAAGGAGGCCAGGAUCCUUAAUGACGUGGUGGAAAUUUCCAUGGAGAACGAGGUCAUCAAGGACCUGCCGGAGCCAAUCAAGAUUGGCUUCCAUCAUGACGUCGUACCUAAAACACAUUCAAGGACGUGUGUCUCCUGGGACACCAGGAAAGAUCCCAUGAAGGUGACGUGGUCGGUGGAAGGAUGUGAGACGCAGCCGAAAGGAGACAAACACACGGAAUGUCUCUGUGACCAUCUGACCUACUUUGCAGUGCUGGUGCAAUUGAAGCCACGACCUGUGCGCCACCUGCUGGCUUUGACCGCCAUUACCUCUCUGGGCUGCGCGCUGUCCUUCAUCAGCUGCAUGGCUCUCCUGGUCUUCUUCUGCCGGAAAAGGCAAGCCAAGGACGCGUCCACGCCGAUCCACCUGGGCCUGGCCGUGUCCCUGGCCUUCCUCAACCUGCUCUUCUUCCUCACGGGGGUGCUGGCAAACGUGGGCGUGCACGACCUGUGCGUCCUGGCGGGGGCGGGGCUUCACUACGCCCUGCUCAGCUCCUUCACCUGGAUGGGGAUAGAGGUGUUCCAAGCCUUCUGGCUGGUCUACGUGGUCUUCAGGCCCUCGCCCAACCCGUGCGUGUGGAACCUGCUGGGCUUCGGCGUCCCCGUGGUGCCCGUGGUGGUCCUGAUUGCAGUCGGGGACGUCUACGGCCUGAGAAAGGUGGCGUCCGCCGAGGGCCAAGAAAAUCCCUUUCUGAUGUGUUGGAUGAAGCAGACGGAGGAGGCCUUGCUGGCUCACUACUUCACCAACCUCACCUUCCUGGCCCUCCUGGUGUCUGCGGGCCUGCUGAUGCUCGCCAAGGUCUACAAGGAGAUCCGCACCAGGGACGAAUGGAGGAAGAACCGCGUGGCCUUCUUCAGCAUCUGGGGCCUCAGCUGUCUCUACGGGACCACCUGGGGUCUCACCUUCCUGGACUUUGGACCGCUCUCCGACUUUGUUCUCUUCCUGGCCUGCGUCCUCAACUCUUUCCAAGGCUUCCUGCUGAUGCUGAGGUUCUACGUCGUGGACUGGAUGCGCAAACACCAGCUGGGAAACGAAAAGUCGCCCGGCAAGGUUUGUCGCUUGCCCGCAUCGCAGUCCACCAUCAGCCAUGAACCCCUGGAGCCGCUUUGUCCCGGUUCUUGACGGCCUCCGCUGCCAGCCCGCCUCACUCAGGUAAAGCCUCCAUGCCGGCCCGGAGCCUGUAUGUCCGUCUCCAUCUAGAACUCCCUAGACUGGCUCUAGUUGUUAGGAUGUAAAUAAAGCUUUAUUUCCAGGCGGAAGAGGUUCUGUACAGAUACUUCCUCUCACGUUCUUGGACCUUAGCUAAGUUCUUUUUCAGUUUUCCAGGUAGCACUUUAGAUUUGUGUCUUUGUAUGCGAGGAGGGAAAAAAACCUAUCAGUCGUAUUUUCCUAAAUGAAUGAUGUACUUACCCUAUUUCCCGAAAUGGUGGCUUUUUUUUUUUGUACACAAUACUUUCUGGUUUUGGUUUAGUCUUUUCAUGUUCAAAUGAAAAUGCAGAUUUCAACACCAAGUUUGGUACUGAAAACCACAUUAAUCAAACUGGUUUGUGAUAAGUACAUUACUUACAGUAUUAACACUUUUUAGGGCGCAACAUAACAUUAAAAAGCUACUUCCCAGUUGGACAAUAUGCCUUAGACUGGGGGUGUAUCAUCAAAUCAUCAUAAACAUGUUCAGUGAGGCUCAUGAAGGAAACGAUAAAUGCUACAUUCGAAAAUAAGUACAGUACUUACAGUACUGACACUUUGUAGGGCGCAACGUAACAUUAAAAAGUUACUUCCCAGUUGGACAGUAUGCCUUAAAAUGGAGAUGUAUCAUCAAAUCAUCAUAAACAUGUUCAGUGAGGCUCUUAAAGCAAACGUUAAAUGCUACAUUCGAAAAUAAGUACAGUACUUACAGUAUUGACACUUUUUAGGGCGCAACAUAACAUUAAAAAGCUACUUCCCAGUUGGACAAUAUGCCUUAGAUUGGAGAUGUAUCAUCAAAUGAUCAUAAACAUGUUCAGUGAGGCUCAUGAAGGAACCGUUAAAUGCUACAUUCGAAACUAAGUACAGUACAUACAGUAUUGACACUUUGUAGGGCGCAACAUAGCAUUAAAAAGCUACUUCCCAGUUGCACAAUAUGCCUUAGAUUGGAGAUGUAUCAUCAAAUGAUCAUAAACAUGUUCAGUGAGGCUCUUAAAGCAAACGUUAAAUGCUACAUUCGAAAAUAAGUACAGUACUUACAGUAUUGACACUUUUUAGGGCGCAACAUAACAUUAAAAAGUUACUUCCCAGUUGGACAAUAUGCCUUAAAAUGGAGAUUUAUCAUCAAAUGAUCAUAAACAUGUUCAGUGAGGCUCUUAAAGCAAACGUUAAAUGCUACAUUCGAAAAUAAGUACAGUACUUACAGUAUUGACACUUUUUAGGGCGCAACAUAACAUUAAAAAGCUACUUCCCAGUUGGACAAUAUGCCUUAAAAUGGAGAUGUAUCAUCAAAUGAUCAUAAACAUGUUCAGUGAGGCUCUUAAAGCAAACGUUAAAUGCUACAUUCGAAAAUAAGUACAGUACUUACAGUAUUGACACUUUUUAGGGCGCAACAUAACAUUAAAAAGUUACUUCCCAGUUGGACAAUAUGCCUUAAAAUGGAGAUUUAUCAUCAAAUGAUCAUAAACAUGUUCAGUGAGGCUCUUAAGGCAAACGUUAAAUGCUACAUUCGAAAAUAAGUACAGUACUUACAGUAUUGACACUUUUUAGGGCGCACCAUAACAUUAAAAAGCUACUUCCCUAGUUGGACAAUAUGCCUUAAAAUGGAGAUGUAUCAUCAAAUGAUCAUAAACAUGUUCAGUGAGGCUCAUGAAGGAAACGAUAAAUGCUACAUUCGAAAAUAAGUACAGUACUUACAGUAUUGACACUUUUUAGGGCGCAACAUAACAUUAAAAAGCUACUUCCCAGUUGGACAAUAUGCCUUAGAUUGGAGAUGUAUCAUCAAAUCAUCAUAAACAUGUUCAGUGAGGCUCUUAAAGCAAACGUUAAAUGCUACAUUCGAAAAUAAGUACAGUACUUACAGUAUUGACACUUUUUAGGGCGCAACAUAACAUUGAAAAGUUACUUCCCAGUUGGACAAUAUGCCUUAAAAUGGAGAUUUAUCAUCAAAUGAUCAUAAACAUGUUCAGUGAGGCUCAUGAAGGAACCGUUAAAUGCUACAUUCGAAACUAAGUACAGUACAUACAGUAUUGACACUUUGUAGGGCGCAACAUAACAUUAAAAAGCUACUUCCCAGUUGGACAAUAUGCCUUAGAUUGGAGAUGUAUCAUCAAAUCAUCAUAAACAUGUUCAGUGAGGCUCAUGAAGGAAACGUUAAAUGCUACAUUCGAAAAUAAGUACAGUACUUACAGUAUUGACACUUUUUAGGGCGCAACAUAACAUUAAAAAGCUACUUCCCAGUUGGACAAUAUGCCUUAAACUGGAGAUGUAUCAUCAAAUGAUCAUAAACAUGGUCAGUGAGGCUCCUAAAGGAAACGUUAAAUGCUGCAUUCAAAAAUUACAGUACUUAAAGUAUUGAGACUUUUUAGGGCGCAACGUAUGAUCGAACUUCCUGUAAAAAGCUACUACCUAGUUGGACAAUAUGCCUUAGAUUGGAGAUGUAUCAUUAAAUCAUCAUAAACAUUUUCAGUGAGGCUCUUAAAGGAAACGUUAAAUGCUACAUUUAGAAAAUAACAUUUUACUUUCAAUGAACAUUUGUUAACACACAUAAAUGUACCAAUAAAUGGUCCUGUUAUUGAUUCCCAGGCACCGGGGAUCGGUACCGUAUCGGUUCACUAUAUAUAUCAUAUCAGUCACCGCACAAAUGUUUGGGACUCCAAAAGAACAUUUGCGCUAUUAUGGUUUCAUAAUUUUUUUUAAUUUUUUUUUACAAACAUUUGUGCUAAGAGAAACCAUAUCAGUGACAACACAAAUGUAACACAAACUCUUGGGACGCUAAAGUAAUAUGUUUGCUAUUAUUGUUUUUUACAAACGUUUUUGCUAAGUGAAACCAUAACAGUGACAGCACAAAUGCAGCACAAACAUUUGGGACUCCAAAAGAACAUUUGCGCUAUUAUGGUUUCAAAAUUAUUGUUUUUAUUUUACAAACGUUUGUGCCAAGUGAAACCAUAUCAGUGACCACACAAAUGUAACACAAACCCUUGGGAGAUUAAAAUAACAUUUGUGCUAUUAUGGUCUCAAUAUUGUUUUGGACAAACAUCUGUGAUUUGUUUGUGCUAAGUGAAACCAUUUUUGUGACUUCACAAAUGUUGCACAAACGCUUGGUACUUUAAUUACAUUUGUGCUAUUAUUGUCUUAAUAUAAUUGUUUUUGACAAACGUUUGUGCCAAGUGAAACCAUAACAGUGACUGCACAAACGUUUGGGACUCCAGAAGAACAUUUGUGCUAUUAUGGUUCCAAUAUUAUUUUUUUUGACAACAUUUUGUGCUAACUUUGUGCUAAGUGAAACCAUAUCAGUGACAGCACAAAUGUCACACAAACUCUUGGGACCCCAAAAUAACAUUUGUGCUAUUAUGGUUUCAAUAUUAUUGUUUUUUUACAAACAUUUGUGCUACCUUUGUGCUAAGUGAUACCAUAUAAGUGACUGCACAAAUGUAGCACAAACGUUUGGGACUCCAAAAGAACAUUUGCGCUAUUAUGGUUUCAAUAUUUUUGUUUUUUUACAAACGUUUGUGCUACCUUUGUGUUAAGUGAAACCAUAUCAGUGACAGCACAAAUGUAGCACAAAAAUUUUGAAUGCUUAAAACAUUUGUGCUACUAUGGUCUCAUUAUUAUUGUUUUUUACAAACGUUUGUGCCAAGUGAAACCAUAUCAGUGACUGCACAAACGUUUGGGACUCCAAAGGUACAUUUGUGCUAUUAUGGUUUCAAUAUUAUUGUUUUUUUUACAAACAUUUGUGCUAAGAGAAACCAUAUCAGUGACAACACAAAUGUAACACAAACUCUUGGGACGCUAAAGUAAUAUGUUUGCUAUUAUUGUUUUUUACAAACGUUUUUGCUAAGUGAAACCAUAUCAGUGACAGCACAAAUGCACCACAAACGUUUGGGACUCCAAAAGAUCAUUUGCGCUAUUAUGGUUUCAAAAUUAUUAUUUUUUUUUUUAUAUAAACAUUUGAGCCAAGUGAAACCAUAUCAGUGACCACACAAAUGUAAAACAAACCCUUGGGAGAUUAAAAUAACAUUUGUGCUAUUAUGGUCUCAAUAUAGUUUUUGACAAACAUCUGUGUUUUGUUUGUGCUAAGUGAAACCAUAUUAGUGACCCCACAAAUGUUGCACAAACGCUUGGUACGCUUAUUUCAUUUGUGCUAUUAUGGUCUCAAUAUAAUUGUUUUUGACAAACGUUUGUGCCAAGUGAAACCAUAACAGUGACUGCACAAACGUUUGGGACUCCAAAAGAACAUUUGUGCUAUUAUGGUUCCAAUAUUAUUGUUUUUGACAAAAUGUUGUGCUAACUUUGUGCUAAAUGAAACCAUAUCAGUGACAGCACAAAUGUCACACAAACUCUUGGGACUCCAAAAGAACAUUUGUGCUAUUAUGGUUUCAAUAAUAUUGUUUUGUAAGAACGUUUGUGCUAAGUGAAACCAUAUUAGUGUUUGGGACGCCAAAAGAACAUUUGUGCUAUUAUGGUUUCAAUAUUAUUGGGUUUUUUUUUUACAAACAUUUGUGCUAAGAGAAACCCUAUCAGUGACGGCACAAACGUAACACAAACGUUUGGGACGCCAAAAGAACAUAUGUGCUAUUAUGGUUUCAAUAUUAUUGUUUUGGGUUUUUUUUUACAAACAUUCGUGCUAUGUUUGUGCUAAGAGAAACCAUAUCAGUGACCGCACAAAUGUAGCACAAGCGUUUGGGACUCCAAAAGAACAUUUGUGCUAUUAUGGUUUCAAUAUUAUUGUUUUGGGGUUUUUUUUACAAACAUUUGUGCUAUGUUUGUGCUAAGAGAAACCAUAUCAGUGACCGCACAAAUGUAGCACAAACGUUUGGGACUCCAAAAGAACAUUUGGACUAUUAUGGUUUCAAUAUUAUUGUUGUAUUUUUUUUUACAAACGUUUGUGCGGUCACUGAUAUGGUUUCACUUUGGCACAACGCCAAUAGCACAUUUGUGCUAUUAUGGUUUCAAUAUUAUUGGUUUUUUUUUACAAACAUUUGUGCUAAGAAAAACCAUUUAAGUGACUGCACAAAUGUAACACAAACGUUUGGGACGCCAAAAGAAAAUUUGUGCUAUUAUGGUUUAAAUAUUAUUGUUUUGGUUUUUUUUUUACAAACAUUUGUGCUAUGUUUGUGCUAAGAGAAACCAUAUCAUUGACCGCACAAAUGUAGCACAAGCGUUUGGGACUCCAAAAGAACAUUUGGGCUAUUAUGGUUUCAAUAUUAUUGUUUUGGGGUUUUUUUUACAAACAUUUGUGCUAUGUUUGUGCUAAGAGAAACCAUAUCAGUGACCGCACAAAUGUAGCACAACCGUUUGGGACUCCAAAAGAACAUUUGGACUAUUAUGGUUUCAAUAUUAUUGUUUUUUUUUUUUUUUUUUUUUUACAAACAUUUGUGCUAUGUUUGUGCUAAGAGAAACCAUACCAGUGACCGCACAAAUGUAGCACAAACGUUCGGGACUCCAAAAGAACAUUUGGGCUAUUAUGGUUUCAAUAUUAUUGUUGUAUUUUUGUGCGGUCACUGAUAUGGUUUCACUUUGGCACAAACGUUUGGGACGCCAAAAGAACAUUUGUGCUACCUUUUGUGCUAAGAGAAACCAUCGCGUGGUAUCUGAUGUGCGUUUCGAUUGCGGAGGCCACUAUUUGAGGAAAUAGGGUAAAGAUCCAAAGCUGUAAAUGUUUAUUUUUUAUUUUUGCUACAUUGUGGACAGCCGUGUCAGUAAUAGCACCUCCUCGAUCGUCAAAGGGAACAAAGACUUUUAUUUUGGAAACCUGAACAAAAACAGCGUUUUCAUGUUGUCUGUUUUUUUGGGGGGGUUCUGGACACAGUUGAGCUGGUGCCAUGUAGUACUUUGUAGUACUUUGUAGUACUUUAUGGAAUGUGACUUGUUAGAUACUGUGAUGUUUGCACUAUUUGUCAUCUUGUCCUUUUUAGUGCCGUGUUUGUCAAAAUAAAAGGUUUUUUUGCAAAA